UCAGAUCAGCGCUACAGUUUGUUACCACUGAAGCUGUGAGCUGUGCCGGGAGAGGUGGAUUUAGGUCAGCGCAAGGAUUGGACCGGCUGAUUGCAGCCCUUAACAUUGGCGAUUGCUGCACUCUUUUCCACCAUUUUUGGGGAGAUAAGAGGACACCCAAAGUAACAUUUAUUGAGGGAGGAAGAGUCAUUUUUCGUUCCAAUUAGCUCGUUUAUCAGCCUAACAACUUACGGACAAUUUCUUACUCGUAUCAUCGACAUCUGGCCUUUCUGUGAAUGCAUAUUUCACAGUUGGUAAACUGUAUUACUGCUGAAAGGUUUUAAUUUUAAAGAGACUGAGGCGGCUGAGUAAACAAAGUACAACUGACAAGAAGCCCACCAACCACAAUGGAUAACGCUCACACAAAGAGUGUUGAAGAAGUUUAUAGCCAUUUCUCUGUCAACGAAAGUACUGGACUUGGUUUGGACCAGGUGAAACGUCAAAAGGAGAAAUGGGGCUCGAACGAGUUACCUGCUGAAGAAGGGAAGUCUCUAUGGGAGCUUGUUGUUGAACAAUUUGAAGAUUUACUUGUACGAAUUCUUCUGCUGGCAGCUUGUAUAUCUUUUGUCUUGGCCUUGUUCGAGGAUGGAGAAGAAACAAUCACAGCCUUUGUGGAGCCUUUUGUAAUCUUACUCAUUCUUAUAGCCAAUGCCAUUGUGGGUGUGUGGCAGGAACGCAAUGCUGAGGAUGCCAUUGAAGCCCUAAAAGAGUACGAGCCUGAGAUGGGCAAGGUCUACCGCCAGGACAGGAAGACCGUUCAGAGGAUCAAGGCCAAAGAAAUUGUGCCAGGAGACAUCGUAGAGGUUUCUGUUGGAGACAAGGUUCCUGCAGACAUCCGUCUCUCUUCCAUCAAAUCUACAACCCUGAGAGUAGACCAGUCUAUCCUGACCGGCGAGUCCGUCUCUGUCAUCAAGCACACCGACCCAGUGCCUGACCCCCGAGCUGUCAACCAGGACAAGAAGAACAUGCUCUUCUCUGGCACCAACAUCUCAUCUGGCAAGGCUAUUGGUGUGGUGGUGGCUACGGGCGUGAACACUGAGAUUGGUAAGAUCCGUGACGAGAUGGCAGCCACUGAGCAGGAGAAGACCCCCCUGCAGCAGAAGCUGGAUGAGUUUGGGGAGCAGCUGUCCAAGGUAAUCUCCCUGAUCUGCAUCGCUGUGUGGAUGAUCAACAUUGGCCACUUCAAUGACCCCGUACACGGAGGCUCCUGGAUCCGCGGCGCCGUCUACUACUUUAAGAUCGCCGUGGCCCUGGCUGUGGCCGCCAUCCCCGAGGGUCUGCCCGCUGUCAUCACCACCUGCCUGGCCCUGGGCACCCGCCGCAUGGCCAAGAAGAACGCCAUCGUCCGCAGCCUUCCCUCUGUGGAGACCCUGGGCUGCACCUCUGUCAUCUGCUCCGACAAGACUGGCACCCUCACGACCAAUCAGAUGUCUGUCUGCAGGAUGUUCAUCCUUGACAAGGCCGAGGGGAACAGCUGCUCUCUGAACGAGUUCACCAUCACUGGCUCUACUUACGCCCCCGAGGGAGAAGUGUACCAGGAUGGCAGACUAGUGAAGUCCUCUGCGUACGAUGGUCUAGUGGAGAUUGCCACCAUCUGUGCUCUGUGCAAUGACUCCUCUCUGGACUAUAAUGAGGCCAAAGGUGUGUAUGAGAAGGUUGGCGAGGCCACAGAGACGGCCCUCACCUGCCUGGUGGAAAAGAUGAAUGCGUUUGACACCGACCUCCAAGGCCUGUCCAAGAUCGACAGGGCCAAUGCCUGCAACUCUGUGAUCACGCAGCUGAUGAAGAAGGAGUUCACCCUGGAGUUCUCCAGAGACAGGAAGUCCAUGUCUGUGUACUGCACCGCUAACAAGGCCCGCUCCUCCCUCGGAAAGAUGUUUGUCAAGGGUGCCCCAGAGGGCGUUAUUGACAGAUGUACCCAUGUUAGGGUGGGUACCAACAAGGUUGCCAUGACCCCAGGCAUCAAGGAGAGGAUAAUGUCUACAAUCCGAGAGUACGGAACGGGGCGUGACACCCUGCGCUGCCUGGCUCUGGCCACCCGGGACGCCCCACCCAGGAAGGAGGAUAUGGUGCUGGUCGAUUGUGCCCGUUUCGCUGGUUACGAGUCUGGCUUGACCUUUGUGGGCUGCGUUGGCAUGCUGGACCCUCCCAGGACAGAGGUGGCUGCCUCCAUCAAGUUGUGCCGCCUGGCCGGCAUCCGAGUCAUCAUGAUCACCGGCGACAACAAGGGCACUGCCGUGGCCAUCUGCCGCCGUAUCGGCAUCCUGAGCGAGGAGGACGACGUGGACAAAAUGGCAUUCACAGGCCGCGAGUUUGACGACCUGUCUCCCCAGGCACAGCGUGAUGCCGUGACCAACGCCCGCUGCUUCGCCCGUGUCGAGCCCUCCCACAAGUCCAAGAUCGUUGAGUUCUUGCAGGGCAUGGAUGAGAUCACGGCCAUGACUGGUGACGGAGUGAACGAUGCCCCUGCCUUGAAGAAGGCAGAGAUUGGCAUUGCCAUGGGGUCUGGCACUGCCGUGGCCAAGUCAGCCUCUGAGAUGGUCCUGGCCGAUGACAACUUCUCUUCCAUCGUGGCGGCUGUGGAGGAGGGCAGGGCCAUCUACAACAACAUGAAGCAGUUCAUCCGCUACCUCAUCUCCUCCAACGUGGGAGAGGUCGUCUGUAUCUUCCUGACGGCUGCUCUGGGCUUCCCUGAGGCUCUGAUCCCAGUUCAGCUGCUGUGGGUCAACCUGGUGACAGACGGUCUCCCUGCCACUGCACUGGGCUUCAACCCCCCCGACCUGGACAUCAUGAACAAGCCCCCCCGCAGCGCCAAGGAGCCCCUCAUCUCCGGAUGGCUCUUCUUCAGAUACCUGGCCAUCGGAUGCUAUGUGGGAGCUGCCACAGUGGGAGCUGCUACCUGGUGGUUCGUGGCCGCUGAGGACGGCCCUAUGAUCUCCCUGUACCAGCUGAGCCACUUCCUGCAGUGUUCCCCUGACAACCCUGACUUCGCCGACCUGGAGUGUCAUGUGUUUGAGUCCCCCUACCCCAUGACCAUGGCCCUGUCUGUGCUUGUCACCAUUGAGAUGUGCAAUGCCCUUAACAGCCUGUCAGAGAACCAGUCCCUGCUGCGGAUGCCUCCCUGGGAGAACAUCUGGCUGCUGGGGGCCAUCUGCCUCUCCAUGUCCCUCCACUUCCUCAUCCUCUAUGUAGAGCCACUGCCCGUCAUUUUUCAGAUCACCCCUCUGGACCUGACCCAGUGGCUGGUGGUGUUGAAGAUCUCCCUGCCCGUCAUCCUGCUUGAUGAGCUGCUUAAGUUCGUGGCCAGGAACUACCUGGAACCCGGUAACCAGCCAGAGUAUAAGUCAUCCGGCAAAGGCUGGUCCCCCUCUGCAUGCACGGAGGGCAUCUCCUGGUCCUUUGUGGGCAUCACCCUCCCGCUGGUGCUGUGGCUCUACAGCAUCGACACUAACGUGUCUGCCCUGUUCUGGUCCUGACUCCAGCACACAACCCUCUCAAUGCACCAGUCUAGUGCCGUGUAAACCCGCCCCUCUAAAUCCCUUGCAGGAACUGUAAGGUUUUGUUUGUGUUGUGCAUGUGUUUUUUGAGCAGCACCACAUCUUCCAAGACCUGCAUGUCAAUAAAGAGAUAUGAAGACAUGAUUGAUACAUUUCAUAAGCAAUUCCAUCACAAAAAAAGUACUAAUAAUCAAAUGGUAAAUAUUUAACAGAAUGGGCAUAAAUGGGUAUGAAGUGUUUUUGGAAUCAAAUGAACCAAUCCCAAGUCCCUCAAUCCUUGCUGCAUGGGGAGCCUUCAAACUAGACAAGACAGAGUUCUCAUGCCAUCUUAAUAAACUUAAUGUUGUAGUUUUAUAUUAAUGUACAAUAUUCUAUGAUGCAUGUCCUCUGAAGCAGCAAAUUAUUUGAUCAGAUGUGUAAUAGUUAAUGUAUAGUAUUGAUAAAUUAAAGACAUUCAUUUACAAACGUUAUAAGCUGAAAUGCCUAUCUUUUCCUAAGGAAAUCUUUUUUUUAAUAGGAUGUGUAAAAUAACCAGACUAUUUGCUUUGCACUGUGAUGUGCGAUAUGUUUGCAGUAUCUGGGAAGGGCGGAGGUGCGGUGAUACAUACAUUAUCUCGAAAGCAGUCAGUCCCUUCAAUGGCACGUGUUCGCCGAGCUGACGAUUGUAUUAUGUAUCACAUGAUUUGUGGUUUCAGGUAAAUAAAGCGAUUAUACAUGA